AUGGGGGUCUCAGGGCUUCUUCCCAUGCUAGCCCCGGCUCAGGAACACACCACUCUCGAGAAAUACCGGGGCAAAACCCUCGCCAUCGAUGCCUAUGGGUGGCUCCACCGAGGCAUCAUUUCGUGCGCCCAGGAGCUUUGCACCAACCAGCCCACCCGCCGUUACGUGACGCUGAUCAUGAAGAAAGUCGACUUAUUGCGUUACUUUGGCGUCGAACCGUACUUUGUAUUUGAUGGCGCUGCCCUUCCUACCAAAGCUGAGACCAAUCGCGAACGGCGAGAGAAACGGGUACUGGCUCAGGCCAAAGCCGACGCCUACGCGAAGGCGGGUAACUCCAAGGCGGCGUGGAAGGAGUACAUGAAAGCUGCGGGCGUCACCUGUCAAAUGGCGAAAACGGUGAUGGUGGAACUCGACACCCUAGGUAUCGAGUACAUUGUCGCCCCUUACGAAGCGGAUCCGCAGAUGGUUUAUUUGGAAAAGAUCGGCAUCGUCGACGGUAUUCUCCUGGAAGACUCCGAUUUGCUUGUGUUUGGCGCCAACCUCCUCAUCACUAAGCUUAAAGAUAACGGCAGUUGUGUCGAAGUUGACCGCAAACGCAUUGCUCAGAGCGUGCCCGGCUUGGGUCUGUUUAACAGCAGUCAAUGGCGGUAUGUGGCUAUGCUUCUGGGAUGUGAUUACACUAAGGGUAUUGACAAAGUGGGGAUGAUUACCGCAGUCAAACUCGUACAACGGUACCCGGAAAUUGAUCGACUCCUCCGAGCGCUCAGAGCUGAAGGUAAGCUGAUACCUGAUACGUUUGCCGAGGAGAUGAAACUAGCCGACUUAGCAUUCCAGUUCCAGAAAGUGUACCAUCCUCGCAACCACACUCUCGAAACCCUUAACUCUUACCCUGAAGAUAUGGAUGUGGCAGCGAUGCUCCACGACCUCGAACGAUGCUGUGGGGAAACCAAGGAUCAAGCGUAUUACCAAAAGAUGUGUACUGGUAAAAUUCACCCCACUACCGGUGAGCCGCUUUUAACUCGAGAACAGAGUCUUUUGAGCGUGGAAUCGCCGUCAUCUCAGCCGUCAAGUCAACUGCUGAGUCAAUCGUCAACCAAUAGCAAACUGGUGCUAGACUACUUUGGUCAAUCCAAAGAAAAGAAGCCCGAGGCUAAGCCAGUAGUGAAGCCAACUCCCAAGCCGCCAGUGGCGGCGGCACCGCUGAAGCCUCUGCCGACUUCGCAACGGCUUCGUCGUCUACUCGGCCGUGAUGCCCCUCAACAACUGAGUCCAUUCUUCAGUAAGCUUUUGGGUAAGUCUUCUGAAACCAACGAGAUUUCGUCGGUGGUGGCAGAAGCUGAUGACGUCGACGAAGUGGUCACUGAUGUCGACGAAGCCACCCAGGAAACCCCCGACACCAUGCCUUCGCUCGCUACCCCAACGAUGUCGCAAACACUGUGGGUGACUUCAUCGAUGACCGUGCCCACCGUGCCUGAGGGAUCGCUCGAAAGUCUCUGUCAGGAGUACGCCUCGCUCGAACAGGAAAUCACCGAGGUUGAGGUGGAUAUGGAGCUCGAGGAGACUCCCAAACGGCAAGUGCUAGAGUCGCUGCCGCUUAAACCGCCGCCAGUAACGCUGUCACCGACCAAACACGAUCUUUCGGAGUCUGACAGUGAAGCCUUGACCACCACUGAGCGCACGUCGUCGUCACCGGAAAGACUGCAAUUAUUCAGCUACCUCCGCGACCGGUUUCUGUCGAGUACACUGGACGAUGUGGCCAUCCCUUUAACUCCGGUGUCACGGCCUCGCCAGGACAAAAAGCGGGUGCCGUUAGCUCCCAAGUCACUCAACCAAGUGAAGAAUACUGAUAACGUCAAUGUGUCGAAGGUGUCCACCAAAAUGACCGCCACCAAGAUGACCUCUUCGAAGUUAACAUCAGCCAAAAUGUCAAUGUCGACGACAUCGAUGACGACGACAUCGAUGACGGCCACGUCGACAAAAUUGUCAGCUUCGCAGUCGACGCCUAAGCGUAGUCUUGCUGACUUUGCAUACAAGCGGCCCCGCAUCGCUAAGUAA